UUAUGAUGAGAUGAUCACCGACCCAUUCAUUGCUUGUAAGAUACAGAUUUUGCCGUGUUUGUUGGAUUUCUUCUGAGACGUUGACCUACCAUUACAUGGGCAACUCUUUUGGCUGCUCCGCCUCCGGCGAGAGGCUUGUCUCCGCCGCCAGGGACGGCGACCUUGUUGAGGCCAAGAUGCUUCUCAACUGCAACCCUUGUCUUGCCAAGUACUCCACUUUUGGUGGCCUCAAUUCCCCUCUCCAUUUUGCUGCUGCCAAGGGCCACAACGAGAUUGUGGCAUUGUUGCUUGAGAAUGGAGCUGAUGUGAAUUCAAGGAAUUAUUGUGGCCAGACGGCUUUGAUGCAAGCUUGUAGAUAUGGCCAUUGGGAAGUUGUACAGACGCUUCUGCUCUUCAGAUGCAAUGUUAUGAGAGCAGAUUAUCUCAGUGGGAGAACUGCUCUUCACUUUGCAGCUGUGAAUGGGCAUGUAAGAUGUAUUAGACUUGUUGUGGCCGACUUUGUUCCAAGUGCUCCAUAUGAGGCUGUACAGGCUCACACACAGGUCGACAAGGGCGAUGCAUCAAAUGUGAAAGGCAAACAUGAGCAAAGUGCCCUGUCCAAGUUUGUGAAUAAGACAGCUGAUGGUGGUACUACUGCCCUUCAUAUGGCUGCAUUGAAUGGAUAUUUUGAUUGUGUACAACUGCUACUUGAUCUUAACGCAAAUGUAUCUGCUGUGACAUUUCAUUAUGGAACAUCAAUGGAUUUAAUAGGGGCUGGAAGCACACCAUUGCAUUAUGCUGCUUGUGGGGGCAAUUUAAAAUGCUGUCAGAUCCUCCUUGCAAGAGGUGCUAGCCGGAUGGCUUUGAAUUGCAAUGGAUGGCUUCCUCUUGAUGUUGCUAGGAUGUGGGGACGUCAUUGGCUUGAGCCUUUGUUGUCACCCAGUUCUGAUGCCACAAUACCUACAUUUCGUCAUUCAAAUUACUUGUCCUUGCCUCUUAUGAGUGUGCUUAACAUAGCCAGAGAGUAUGGGUUGCAAUCAUCUACAACCACCUCAGAUGAGAUUGACUUCUGUGCCGUCUGCCUAGAAAGGCCAUGUUCAGUUGCUGCAGAAGGAUGUGGGCAUGAGCUAUGUGUAAGAUGUGCACUCUAUCUCUGCUCAACAAUGAAUGUUUCUUCUGAAUCGCUCGGCCCUCCGGGCUCUAUCCCUUGCCCACUCUGUAGACAUGGAGUUGUCUCUUUUGUUAAGUUACCAGGUUCCGUAGCAAAAGAGAAUAAACUACACGUGUCUCUUGGCUUGUGUACCCCAUGCAUGCUACAUCCACGUGACCUGGAUCAACCAUCUCUUUCAGAUACUCCAGAGAUUCGAAGAAACUGUGUAGCUUCUGUUCCUUCAGAGAUACUAUGCCCUGUCACUUGUGGUCCAUUUCCAUCCAUGACAAUUCCUCUAUGUACCUGCAAUGAUGGUCCAUGUCCAACAUUUGAACCCCGAGAAGCAGAAACACAGGAUGGAUCACCCCGUCACUCACAUGCUUCUACGACAGACCAGGAUAAAAUGGAAGGGCCUAGACUUGAUAAAACAACGUGUUCGAGCAUGUUUUGGGGCAGGAGAAGUUGCAGCCGGGAGCACCAGUGCAAUUCAGAAAUAAAUGCUUGACUCAUAUGGUGCUUAUUUGAUCAUUCUUCUGUCCUGGAUACCAGAUAAGUUUUGGAUCAAAUGAAGAGUCCACAGCUUUCUUAUUAACCAGCCUGCUUCAGAUAGUGUUUGUAAAUCAGUGGAUAUAUUUCAGCAAGAGAAAAGCUGACCAUGCAGAUAUCUUUUGCUGCACAGGAUGUUAUGCUGGAUGAGAUGAGACAUACAAACCUGGCAUUUUGGCAUCCUUAUUGACCUUCUGGACGUCGUCCUGUUAAAUGUAGGUGUGUGAAGUUAGUUUGAGUUUCAUGAGAUUGUUAUUCUGAUUUAUUGCAAUCAUAUGAAAGCAAAUGGUCUUUUUAAGAGGAAAAAGAAGAUCUUAUGCUCUUUUAGCAUGUGUGUUAGAUUAGGGGCAUCUGUAUAUUAUGUUAGACAUGAAUUUUAUAGGUUUACAGAGAUCAAAUUUGGGGAGUGAAGCUACUUGCUGAUGCAAUCAUGCAAAUUGAUACCUUUUGUGGGAUUUCCCUCUCUUAACAUUAAGAUUUGCUGCUGAAAUGUUAGUGUUAGUUCAUGCU